AACCCGUAGGGACCUGCGAGCUGGUUCGCGCACCUGGGAGGUAGCGGCCCGGCGAGGCUUCGGGUGAUGCAGGUGGCAGCUGGCGACGCUGCCCAGCUCUGGCUGUGCAGGGUGAUAUCCCACCCAUGGUGGGCAGCUGGGUGCCCCCCGCAGGGCCCCUCCCUACCAGCCCCCGGCUUCCCUUUGGGGAGCUCGCUGGGGAAUCCCAAACGCCGACGAGCUUGCCCCACUUCGCGGCCGGGUAGCUGGGACGCUCUGUCACAAAGCUGGCUCUGAACUCCUCGCCCGAGCCCCUAGGUGGGGGCAGAAAUCCGCCUGGCGCUGCCCGGCUGCACCGAAUCCCUCCUCUGCCCACCCCAAAGGGUUUAACCCCACGGGAGCCAAGCCCGGAGGGGAGCUGGCUGCGGGGGGAGCCAGUCUGGGGGGGUCCGAGGAGGAGAGGAUGGGGUUCAUGCUCAGGCCCGGGGGGCCUGGGGUGACAGAGGCUUGGAGGCCAGAAAGUCCCAUGGGGUCAUUGACUGAGCUCGUGUCUAGUCAGGCCCAGGCCUGUCCCCUCCCUGGCAGAUCAGCGUAGGGGAACAAGGCACCUCAGGGCUCUGAACACGAUUUGGGACUUGCUAGGCAGGGUUUGUGGGGGGUGUGUGUUGGGAAAUGGCUGCAAGUGCUGCGGGUGCCAAGCUGCCGGGAGCCAGGCCAGCGGAAGGAGGCUGGCACGGAAGUUAGUAACGGAACUAGGGGGCAUUUGAGGAGGGGCUGAGACGCCAGGGAGGGCCCCACCAUGGCCCAGUGGCAGGAGGUCCAGCUGCUGGAGAAGGCCUACCUGGAGAAGGUGCACGAGCUGUACUCGGAGGACCACCUGCCCAUGGAAGUACGGCAAUACCUGGCCCCCUGGCUCGAAGACCAGAACUGGAGCCGGGCGGCCGAGCCCCACUCUGCCGAAGCCCACAUGCUCUUCCACACCCUGCUGGCCCUGCUGGACGACCAGUACAGCCGCUUCGGGACCCGCACGGAGGACUUCGUGCUCAAGCACAACCUCCGCAAGUCCAAGCUCAACUUGCAGGCCAAGUACCAGGAGUGCCCGGAGCAGCUGGCCAAUGUCAUUGCCAACCUGCUGCGGGAGGAGAAGGCCAUUCUGAACCGGGGGCUCAAGGCCCAGCAGGCUGCAGCUCAGCCGACCUCCAGUGCCCCGAUGGAGACAGACCGGCAGCAGAAGAUCGAGCGGCGCCUGGCGGAGACCAGGGCAGCGGUGCAGGAGCUGGAUCGCGAAGUGCGGCACCUGGAGGAGCUGCAGGACACCUUCGACUUCCGCUAUAAGAUGCACCGAAUGGUUGCAAACGGCGCUCCCGCCAGCCCCGAGCUGGCCCGCCAGACGGAGCAGCUGCAGGCCAUGCUGAACAACCUGGACCGGAGCCGCAAGGACGUGCUGGCCCGGGCGCAGGAGCUGCUGGGCCGUUGCGAGACGCUGCGGGAUUUCCUGCUGGAGGAGCUGGCCGAGUGGAAGGAGCGGCAACGGAGGGCCUGCCUCGGGGCAGCCUGCGACACCAGCCUGAGCCGCCUGCAGACCUGGUUCACGGCGGCGGCCGAGGUGCUUUUCCAGCUCUGGCGCCUCCUGCGGGCCCUGGGUGACCAGCACGCCAAGCUCACCUACCUGCACGACCCGCUGGAGGCACAGCGGCCCCUGCUGGAGAGCCGGCUGCAGGAGCACCUCUCCUGCCUCUUGAGGAGUGCCUUCGUGGUGGAAAUCCAGCCCAUCAUGCCUUUCCCCAACCAGAGGCCCCUGGUUCUGAAAACUGGCAGCAAGUUCUCCGUCCGCGCCAGGCUCCUGGUCAAGCUGCAGGAUCGAAGCCAUCGGCUGGAGGCGAAAAUCAUCCUUGACCAGCAUCCCCCCGAUGUGAAAGGGUUCCGGAAGUUCAACAUCUUGACAUCCACCAGCAAGACGCUGGUCCAGGACGAUCCGCACAUGGAGGGGCUGGUCUGCGACUUCCGGCACAUAUCACUGAAGGACCAGAGGGCCGGGGCCUCGGGCAAAGGCAGCAAAGGUGCCAGCGAGGGCCUGCCGGCUGUCACGGAGGAGCUGCACCUCAUCACGUUCACACUGGACUAUAAGUACCAGGAUCUGGUGCUGGAGCUGCAGACAUCCACCCUGCCUGUGGUGAUCAUCUCCAGCAACAACCAGUUCUCCAGCGCCUGGGCCUCUGUGCUCUGGUUCAACAUGCUCAGCCCAGACCCUAAGAACCAGCUGUUCUUCUCCGCGCCGCCGGCUGCCUCCUGGGCCCAGCUGGCCGAGGUGCUGAGCUGGCAGUUCUCAGUCGCCACCAAGCGCGGGCUGGACGAGGACCAGCUGCACAUGCUAGCGGAAAAGCUCUUUGGGCUGGAAGCCACCCCCGCCAGCACCCUGACCUGGGCCAGGUUCGCCAAGGACAACCCACCCGUCUUCUCCUUCUGGACCUGGUUGGACGGGAUCCUGAGCCUGAUCCAAGAACACCUGGCUCAGCUCUGGAAGGACGGGCACAUCAUGGGCUUCGUGAGCCGCAAGCGGGAGCGGCAGCUGCUGAAGAGGAAGCAGAUGGGCACCUUCCUGCUGCGUUUCAGUGAGAGCAGCCGCGAUGGCGGCAUCACCUGCAGCUGGGUGGAGCCCGGGGAGAAAGGUCAGCCCAAGGUCCGUUCCGUGGAGCCCUACACCAAGAUGGAGCUGAAGUCGCUGGCGCUGCCGGACAUCAUCCAUGACUACCAGCUGGUGGCCGCCGAGAACAUCCCCGAGAACCCCCUCAAGUUCCUGUACCCCAGCACGCCGCGGGACGAGGCCUUCGGGAAGUACUACACCGAGAGGAGGGAAGUGGACCUGCUGGAGCAGAAGAAAUACCUGAACCAGCGCCUGAUCAGAGUGUCCUCCAGGCAGCCCAAUGAGCCGUGGCUCCCGGAGGGCAUGGUGGAGGCCCCCCCUGCAGCUGAGGGGCCGGGGCCCAAUCAGCUGGAGGUGCUGGAGCUGGGGACCGAUCAGCUGGAGCUUGGAGCCAAUGGGCUGGAGGCGCUGGAGCUUGGAGCCAAUGGGCUGGAGGCGCUGGAGCUUGGAGCCAAUGGGCUGGAGGCGCUGGAGCCGGGGGCCAGUACUCAAGAGGUGCUGGAGGCUCUGGAGCAGGAACUGGACCUGAUGAGGUUUGAUUCGGCUGGCUCCAACAUGCUCCGAGGCGGAGACCCCUACCUGCCCCUGCCGGACGACGUGCCCCCCCCGGUGCUACCUGGCAACACCUUGUUCCUGGGGGCCAACGACUUCCCCCCACUCCAGGUCGACUCCAAGGACUUCCAGUGACAGCAUCUCCCACUGCUGCCCCAUCACUGGGGGGACUCAGAGGCCAGGGCCUUUUCCCGAGCCCCACUGUGUACUGGGGGGUGGCCCUGGCUCCGCCCUCUCCCGGUCUUCCGGUUAGGCCUCGGGGCAUCAGUGAGGCCAAGGGGGUCUGGCCCAACCCCUGCCCAACCUGUCCAUGGGAGGUGAAAGCCCCUGGACUCUGGGUGUGGGGGCUCUCAGCCUGAGCCCACAGCUAGGUGCCUUGCCCUAGGUCCUCGCGGGGGGGGAGAGUUUUACCAUAGAACCCAGGAGUCCGGGAGGAGUGGAGCCACCCUGUGAACUCCCCCCAUGGCGUAGCCAUGUCUCCCUGUCCCUGCACGGGCUGCUCCCUGGAGCCGUGGGCUCUCUCGUUGGCCUGGAGGUGGGGGGCUGUGGUUCUCGGGCCUUCCUGGCUGGGGGGCUCUGGCCUUAGUGCUGAGGGUGUGGGUGGCUUUGCCCCCCAGGGGCCGUGAGACAAACUCUCUCUCUUGUAAAUAAACCUGCCCCACCCUAGCUCACUGUGGUGCUGUGGGGGGGGGCGCUCUGGGAGGGGAGGGAAUCCCCUGAACUGUCUGUCCCCCUUGUGUGGGGGCCCUGUGUGUGCCACACCCUCCUGCUGCCAGGGGCUGUUGUGCUCUGUGUGGCCACCAGAGGGCACCACCCCCUCUCCUACUGUUCCCACCACUCUCUUCCCCCCCCGCCCCCCCCCCCGACAGAUUACAGGGGAGGGGAGCCCCCCACCUGGAGGGGAGCCACUGGCCCUUCGCUGAAGCGGAGCUCUGCUCCCCCCAGGCCAGGAGCAGGGCCCUGGCUGGCUCCUGAGGCCCCCUACGCUGGGCUGGUUCCAGGGCAGGGGGGCCUGGAGCUGGAUGUGGGGAGGAGCAGGGAGGGGUGUGUGCGUGUGUUACCAGGUGGGGCCCCCAGGGGGUGCACUAGGGGCUGGGACUGGCUUGAGGCUUCCCAGGGCAUCCAAGCUGGGACCAGAUCCCAGGCGUUCUGCCCCUCAGUCCAUCCGUGUCCCCCCGCCCCUCAACCAUGCUGCUUCCUCCCGAGGGGGUGCGGGGGCGAGCAGAGCAGGGAGGACGAUGCUCCUGGUGCCUGCUGACGGCAGAAGCCCCUUCCCCUAUAACUGCCCUGAGGGAUAGCUCAGUGGUUUGAGCAUUGGCCUGCUAAACCCAGGGUUGUGAGUUCAAUCCUUGAGGGGGCCCUAUAGGGAUGUGGAGCAAAAAUUGGGGAUUGGUCCUGCUUUGAGCAGGGGCUUGGUACUAGAUGACCUCCUGAAGACCCUUCCAACCCUGAUAUUCUGUGGGAGAGGCUCUGGCCCAUUCCUGGGGAGCUGCUGCAGGGGGGCUGGGGUGGGGUGGGGUGGGGGGUCUCUGAGAUUGUACUGUCCUGAUCUGCAUGGCCCAAGGGGGCCGUGGUCCUUACAACCCCCUGCUCCCCCACCCCGGUGCCAGCCACGUGGCUGGGAAUUGUUCAUAAUAUUUUGUAUGACGACUG